AUGGUCGCACCCGAGCUUUAUUUAUUUGCGAACGUAAACCUCGUGCCACGCAAAUACGAUGAUUGGCAGAGCGCAUAUGAUCACCUCGCAGAGUACGUCUGGGACAAAGAACCAACUACCAAGACUUAUUAUUUUGGUAUUCCGUUCGACUUUGCCGAAGACGUCUCCGGCGCUACUCUAAUGUUUGCGUUUGAGAUCUACGAGAACCGCGAGAGGCUCACAGAAACACACCUGAAGUCGGCGGCAAUGGCCAAAUUUCUCGAACGCGCCUUGCCCAUCAUGACGACGGGCCUUGACCUUGCUUACUACACCAAGGUUGGGGGUUUCUUAGACUCUCGGGGCGACCGUCAGGAAUGCGGCAUCAUGCAUGACACGAAGAUCGAAUGCGUCUCACCCGCUGCACGGGAGACGGUGAUUUCCGAAUUGCAGGCCAUUGCCAGAGGUCUAGAAGCUGACGAAGGUGUGUACACGUAUGUUAUCUGUGCGAGUAUGGAAGAGAAGACGGGCCUGAGAGUCUUCGCCCGGUUUCAGAGUAAGGAUGAUCUGGAAAGGGUGAGCAGGACGGGCAAUGUUUUGAGAUUCUGGAAGGAAUUUGGUCAGACAAAGAUUGCCACCAUGCAGCAGAGAGGAUAUUUCCCUAACAAGAAGGGAUGGCUGCACCGGUCAAAACUCUGA